UUUACAGACAGGCCAAAGGCACACAGCCCGGCCGUAGGGGUGUGAAGACAGAGCAAAAAUGUCCUUGAUAAGGUCAGUGUUGGGAUGGAUAAGGGACGACUCGUCGUUACCGAACACGGUUAAGGAAGCAAAUGCUGCCGACUAUGCAAAAUUCCCAAUUCAUCUGAGAGAGGAGAACCUCAUGGUUUAUGGGCCUCAAAAAGGUCUCUAUGAAAUUGCUGUCCUCAAACCACCCAAUUCAAGUAGCAGCAUUCAAGUUUUCAGUAUAUUGAGAACUCACAACCUGAAGGAAGCAGAGGAAGAAUUUUAUAGUCUCCAUGACAAGCUUCCUUUGCUCCUUAACUGUUCAAAAGAUAUCUGGAAUGCUGGAAUGCUCCAAAAAGUCCUUGAUGUUCUGAGGGACCAUCCAAACUGGACAGUUGCACAUGCUUUGGCUGGAAAAAAUUCCCCACUGAUCAAUCACGUGAACGAUGAGGGUAACACGCCACUCCACCUGGCGUGCCUUGCCGACAAGCCCGAUUGUGUGCAGGCUCUCAUCUGUGCAGGUGCCAACAUGAAUGCCAUGGGCUGUGGUCCUCUUCCCAUUAACAGUGCUUUAGAAGGCUCUAAUGGCAACUCUGCAAAGGAAAUCCUUACCACAUACCCUAAUCAGCUGCAUGCUAAUGACAUGAAAUAUGGAGGAACUCCUUUACAUUGGGCCAAAUCAAGGAAAAUGGUGGAAGCCCUGGUGAAUCUGGGUUGCUGCAUUGAUGCCACCAAUUUUCAGGGGGAUACUGCCCUCCAUGUUAUGGUACAAAGGGCCAGAGUGGAGUGUGUGAUGACUCUCCUCUCACUUGGGGCCAAUGUGAAUGCCAAGGACCAAUUUGGGAACACGCCCCUACAUGUUGCUUGUGCCAACCCCAACAUCCCCAUCAUUCAGGCAUUGGUUGUGUUCGGGUCAGACUUGAAGGCUGUGAAUGAGGCUGGUCAACUACCAAGGCAUCUGUUGGCCACAGGUGGAACUGUGAAUCAAGAGAGGAAGAAGGCCCUAUAUGUGUUGCAUGCUGUCGGAGCUCCUCGCUGUCCACCAAUCCAGACAGAAUGCACUGACAGUUGCAGUGCAGCUGGUCAGUACAAUGGUGACUGGAAGUUUCCUGGUAUGAGUCUCUCACCUGUGGAAGACCCUUCUCAGGGACAGCCAGAUCAAAAGGAUCAGGCUGGCUCAGAUCAUGCUCUGUGUGAACGGCAGCGUGAUGCCUUUGACAAAGCCCUCGAUGGCAUUUUCUUGGAAAGGAGGAAGGAAAAAAAUGCAAGUGAAAAGAAUGGCAAGCCUGUGAGAGUCUUGUGUCUUGAUGGUGGAGGGAUCAAGGGCCUCAUGCUCUGCCAAGUCCUCAUCUUCAUCGAGGAAAUGCUAGGACGUCCCAUCGCCACAGCAUUUGACUGGAUUGCUGGCACCUCAACUGGUGGAAUUCUGGCCCUCAUGAUUGCAUCUGCCAUCAUCACUCUAGGGAAGUCUGUACGAGAGGCUCAGCGAUUAUAUCUAAACCUGAAGGACAAGGUAUUUGUAGGGAAGAUACGACCAUACCCUACGGAGAACCUGGAACGCUUUCUAAGAGAUGAAUUUGGUGAAUCCACCGUCAUGACUGACUUGAAAAAUCACAAGGUGGUACUAACGGCUGCAAUGUCCGACCGACUCCCAUCUGACCUUUAUCUCUUCCGCAACUACCCACCCCCCCAGGAAAUCUUAGGAAUCCCUGAAGUGGGACCAUUCAAACCCUUCCCAAAACCAGAAGAGCAGUCUGUGUGGAAGGCUGCUCGUGCAACAGGAGCUGCCCCGACUUACUUCAGGGCCUCUGAACGGUUCAUGGAUGGUGGGAUAAUCAGCAAUAAUCCAACCCUGGAUCUCCUGACAGAGAUGAAUGAAUGGAAUGCUGUCAUGGAAGCUGUGAAGAGGAAGGAGGAUAUUGUGACUCCAACAGUCGUUGUCUCUCUUGGAACUGGUCGAAUGUUCCCUUCUGAGGUGAGUGUGGACAAGAAGUUGGUGGUUCUGUCCCAACCAUUGGACAUUCACUGGCCAGACAGCCCUCUAGGAGCUGCUAGAGCUGGAUUAGGCCUUAUCCAGUUUCUCAAAUUCCUUGCUGACCAGCUUACAAACGCAGACAAUCGUGUUGUGGAUCGGGCUCGUGCUUGGUGCAGCACAAUGGGGGUCCCAUAUUUUCGCCUCAAUCCACCUCUUUACACCUGGAUCAAUUUAGAUGAGACUCAAGAUGAAGUCCUGGCUAAUUCAAUGUGGGAGACUAUGUGCUACAUCCACAAGAAUCACAAGCUUGUUGAGGAACUAGUCCCAUACCUUAAGCUUCCAAGAAUCACCAUGCAAGAUGAGAAGCCUCUAUUGACCUUUGCCAGGUCAUCUCAGGUCAUUGGUGUGUCCCAGGAUGCAGAGAUGGAAAACAUCAUUGUGACUACUCUGGGGAAUCAUGUUGCUCUCUAUAAUGCAGAAACUGCCUCAUUGGUGGAGACAUGGCAGCCAAGUCUCUCCAGGUCAUCUGGGAGGAGUGCUUAUGAGCUGCCUGUAAUCUAUGCCCUGGACAUUGAGUCAUAUGUUGCAUUCUCAGCCCCCAACACACUCUGGGUUUGGGAUAAGGAGUCCAAGAUGAGACGCAUGCGAUCCCAUCGUGUAACUGGGGAAAUUCAUAGAACAUUUGUUGCUGGAGGCAGAGGUUGGGUGAUAUACACAAAUGGAAGCGUGGAGACCAUUGCAGUCUCUUUGAGUUCCCAUCCUGAGAGAAAAGUCUCCCAGGUUCUACCAUCAAAAUCCAUGAUCCAGGAAUUCCAUCUUCGUAUCCUUCCAGAUGGAGCUGCCUUCCUUGACAUCACUUUCUCUCCUCGCACCAAUCCUGAAUUGCUGGAGUGGAGAGGGGUGAAACUGAAUCUUAGUUCUUAUAACAAGGAAGAGGAAUUUCACAAAUUGGUGAGAGCCAAGAAUAAAGAGAAGCCUAUGGCACAUAUCUUUUUGGAGAUCAUCCCACAAGUCACCUCACUCAUCAGCAUAUUUUCGGAUGGAACAGUGAAGAAGGAAAGCUGGAAUCGACCUGCAGUUGAGUGGUCAGGGUUGCUCAAGGCUGCAUUCCGCCUCUCUUCCCCAGUUGCCUUGGCUGCUCUGGGGCAUCUUGUUGGUCAUAUGGCUAUCUUUGGAGAGGAUACUGAUGGAGAAGGUGCAUCUCUGCAAGUGUGGGAUGUGCGCAAUGGGGUCUGCAUCCUAAAGCACCAAGUGAAAAUGUACGCCUCUCCUCCCCGGCUCUGGUCCAUUGGCCCUCAUCUUCUUUUCCCAGUUGCACAGAGCAUGGUACGAGUGAGUGUGGCUCACUUGACACCCGAAAGCCUUGCUGAUGCCCUCAUUCUGUCUAACUCUGGAAAACGGUCCUCCAGCCCACGAGGUAAGAAGAGGAGUCUCAUUAUCACAUGGGAUGCAGAGAACUGUGAGGAGAGGAUGGAUCAAGAUGAAGAUGACAAUGAACAGAACCUGUCCUUGGAUGUUUGUGUGUCCAAGCGUGAUUCUAAAGGCCUGAAAGAAAUCCUCAUGAAAACACCUGAGAUUUCAGAGGUGGAGCUGGUUGCCAUCGUCCAGCUGUGCUUACGCAAUUGUGGGCCAAGUGACCAGGAUUCCAAUUGGCAGGAUCUCUUGAAUGUGGCAACUCGAACCCCUUUCGAUGUGCCCAAAUUGACACGAGCCCUGCAGAGGCUUACUGAUCAGGAGGCAGCCAUCCUGUGUGCCUUCCUGGCUGACAACUUUUGUGUGGAGGGAGUGCAUUACAUUGAGUGGUGUAAAUGCCUGCUAGAUGCCCAGGUCUGUUCUCUCCUCAGCUCUCCUCAGAAUACCAUAGAUGUCCUCAAGAAGCUCAGGACACAUCUCUUUGAAAUGGAGCAGCAACUUGAGGCACUUGGAGAACUUGGUCAGACAGUCCUAAAAGUCAAGCAAGUUCCUGAAAGCAAUCCACAAGAGGAUGAAGUGCUAGAAAAUCCUGAAUAUACAGUGGAGCAAAUUCCCUUAUUAUGAUG